AUGACAUCACCUUUUAAUCUAAUCAAAAUCGAUACUUCACUUAGUAUGAGUGAUUCUUCUCUACUAAGUGCAUCAAGCAGCGAAGAAAACAACCUUUUUACAAAAACGCAUACUGGAUAUGACACUUCAAAACUACAAAGCAGAAAGAAACGUAGUAUUGAUUCGUCUUUUCUGAAAUAUCCUGAUUUUCCUGUGAAAACUCAAUGUACUAGUUGCAGCAAACUCGUUACUACUCAAAUUCAUCAUAAAAAUGGAAAAUUUGUAUACAUAUUAGCCAUGGGAUUAUUCAGUUUGACAGUAGUGUUGUUCUGGGUCCCCUUCGUUGUAGAUUCAUGUAAAGCCUCUUACUCUUGUCAAAAUGUUAUUUUUGACAAUAACUCGGAAAUUUCUUGGCCUAAAAAUACCGUUGAUUAUAUCUAUUUAGAUUCUCAAAAUGUUACUGUUAAUCCUCCUAUUGAUCUAAAUUUAUGUUCAUUACCAACUGAAAUACUUUUGAGAAUCUUUUAUGAACUUAUUUUAUCUGAAUCUCCUAAUCCUCCAAAGACUGCUGUAACAUCUUUACCUUUAGUAUGCAAGAUUUUUUAUAAGUUAUCACAUGAUCGUAUCGUAUGGGAACAAGUUUUUCUGUCUGAAUAUGAUGUUUCUGCGAGAAAACGUCGUUUUGUCACGUAUAAUUUUAGAAAAAUUUUCUUUCAACGUUCUCAAUUAAAUGUUGAUAUGAUGGAUUCUAGUCUUCGUACUUUAGAAAGUUGUUCUAUCAAUGAUUUACCUCAAAACGAAUCGACUUUAAAUAGUAUCUUGAAUGCUUUGACUUGUUUAUGGGUUCUUAUUUCUGAAAAUGAUGGAAGAAAUUCAAAAAAACUCGUUGAGAUGCGUGCUCCUGAAUUCUGUUCUCAAGUCUUUCAUCAAUUAUAUGCUGACAUGGACUCUUCAUUGAAACAUCUUGCUUGUAUAUUUAUAUCUAUCAAAAUCAUAUCAAUGUUAUUAGUUUUUGGACUGGGUCCAUUUGAUAAUAUUGUAGAACGUAUAGCUGCCAAAUUACGAGGACGUGUAAUUCGUUGGGAUCCUAAUAAUAAUGCUGUAUUUCCUAUGCUUGAUUGUCAUGCCUUGCAUAUUUAUCUUUUAUACUUUGCUAAUGAAGAAAGAAAACCUACUAUUCCUGAAUCAAAUAUUUUUGAUUCAAGAAAAUGUGAUAAAUGGUUACAAUGGACUCAUAUGGUUGAUGUAUACUCUUCAAAUAAAAUUUUAUGGUGCCUCCGAAAUGAUGGUUAUGAUUGGCCUAAAAACCCUCAGAGAUAUUGGACUGGUUUAAUUACAGAUAAUGAAAUUUCAUCAGUUGAAAAAUUAUUACUCUGUGAAUUUAAUUUUAUGGAACUUGAAGUAGUUGCUGAACAUAAUGAAGAAGGUUUUGAAUAUCUUGUUGAAAAAGUUGAUACGAAUUAUGUUGAUAAUGCAAAGAGUUACAUUUUUGAUGGUUUAUUAAUUGAUGAUAAUGGUAAAGAAUUUUUAAUUGAAGGUGAAUCUAUUCCAAUCGAUAAAGGUAGAAGGGUAAAUUUUGUUGCUAAUAAAGUUUGGAAUUUUUGUGGUUUUAUGACUGCUUUUGGAAUUAUUGGAAGAUGUUGGAUAAAAGGUGUAAAUAUUGAUAAUGCUGGUUUUUUCUGGAUUUGGGAAGAUGUAUAA